ACAAAAUUUGAAUUUGAGUUUUGUGAUACGAAUUUGUUUUUAUUAAACGGCACUUUAGUUGAAAUAUUUUUCUUUACAUUUUUGACACAAAUAAUAUCAAGGUCGUUAAUAGUAAUAAUUUUAUAAUGGAUUCUAAAGAAGAAGAAAAAGAAAACCUUAUUGAAAAUUUGAAAAUCUCACCAGCAUUGCGCUCAGAUACUGCAGUUAGCAAGAGAACAGAAUUUGAUAAUGAUAUCGAUACUGUGAAAAUGAUGCCAACAAUAGAAGAUUUUAAUGUGAUUAAACCUAUCAGCAGAGGUGCUUUUGGGAAAGUUUUUCUUGGCCACAAAAAGGAAAAUCCAAGGCAGUUAUUUGCCAUCAAAGUAAUGAAGAAAGCUGAGAUGGUGAACAAAAACAUGGUUCAUCAAGUGUUAGCUGAGAGGGAUGCCUUAGCUCUUAGCCACAGCCCUUUUGUUGUGCAGAUUUUUUACUCACUACAGUCCAGACAGAAUAUUUACCUGAUAAUGGAAUACAUGAUUGGAGGGGACGUAAAGUCUUUACUUCAUAUGUAUGGAUACUUUGAUGAGGAUAUGGCUGUGCUCUACAUUGCAGAAGUUUCCAUGGCACUGGAGUACUUACAUCGGCACAACAUAGUUCACCGAGACUUGAAGCCUGACAAUAUGUUGAUUUCCAGCAAAGGUCACAUCAAGCUCACGGAUUUUGGCCUAUCAAAGAUAACUAUUAAGAAACAGAUAGAGUUAGCUGAUGUGUUGGGAACCCCUUCAUGUCUGAAUCAUUUUGGCUCCCCUUGCCUCAACACCAGAACUCCAGGACAGAUCUUGUCUUUAACGUCCUCACUAGCAUUUAACACAACUCCUUCUUUUAGACGACCCACUUUUUUAUCUGAUGGGGAGAGCCCUUACUUUCCUCACAAGCGAAGAGAAGAUUAUAUAAAGCCAAACAACAUAAGCCCUUCUGGUACUUCCAGGACACAUGAUGUAAAAGUAUCAAAAAUAAGCCCACAAAUGGAUGGAAAAUCAUCUUCCAUUAGAGAGACUAUGAAAGUGUCUACCCCUAAAGAACCAACCACACCAGCUAAUCUCCAGAUCAAGCCUACGACCAAAGGUAAUUUUAAAUGCUCCCAGGCAAAAAUCACUCCAGUUGGCGGACGGCCUCGGGUAACGCUUCGUAACUCCAACUCUGCCCGAAAUUUGAGAGGAUUGAGAGGCAUUAGUACUUCUAAAAACGUUGAAGACAGUCCAAACAGUGGUGAGAAAAGAGUGCUCAAAUUUAGUUCUCAAGCUGAUGAAUUUUCUGUUUUCAAAAGACCUGCUUCACAGAGUAUAAAACGAAACCGUUCAGACUCGCCAAGCUCUGGAGAGACUGACGGUGGCCAACUUUCUACAGGAUUAACAGCAGAUUUGUCAGCUUUCGGGAUUCAAAAGGCAUCUAAAAAGAUGCGUUUUGACAGUCCUAAUCAAUCUUGUACUUUUAUGUCAGUAGACACGGAGGAUAGUGUAUUUGGAUCAUCCUCUCUCACUAAUGAGCUUAGACACCCAACUAGUUUGUCUGACUGUUUAUUAGGUCAACCUGAGUUUCCAGAAAAAUCAAAUGAAGAUGGAAAUAAACAAGAACCCGUUCUUCGUACCAGAGAUUUAGAAGAGCCGAUGUUUUAUGCUUUAACAGAACAAACACCAAGUAAUUCUGGGGCUCCACAGGUCACAAAAUUCACCAGGUUUGCAUCUGUUAAGUCACUGAUAUCAGACAUUUCUCAUUCUUCUACGGCCAGUUCUUACAUGGGAGGAAACAAUUCCACCAAACAUGGCUCUCUCAUGAUCACUCCUACGCAGCCUUUUCAAAGGAGAACUAAAUCUAUACCUAGUGCAACAACCUGUACCCCUACAAUGUUGACCCAGACUCCUUUCAGAACACCAAAAAGUGUAAGGAGAGGACCAGCUCCAUCUAGUGAGUGCCGUAUACUUGGCACUCCGGACUAUCUUGCCCCAGAACUUUUGUUACACAAAGAACACGGUUUCCCAGUCGAUUGGUGGGCUUUGGGUGUGUGCUUGUUUGAAUUUCUUACUGGUAUUCCUCCCUUCAAUGACCAGACUCCUGAGGCUGUAUUCAGUAAUAUACUGAACAGAGACAUCCCCUGGCCAGAAGACGAGGAAGCAUUAUCGGAGGAUGCUCAACAUGCCGUCAAUAAACUCUUAACUCUAGACCCUAUGAAAAGGCCCAGUGCUACUGACUUGAAGUCAUUCCCAUUGUUCAAAGAGACUGACUGGGAAAAUCUGUUGGUCAAGGAGGGGCCUUUUGUUCCACAACCUGAUAAUGAAAUGGACACUAUCUACUUUGAAGCACGGAACAACAUGCAGCAUUUGAAGGUAUCCAACUUUGAACUUUGACGAGUCAGCAGUUGAGUAGUUAUUGCUCUUUGAGUAGUAAGCUGUGAAGACCUUGUACUGUACUGUAUAUGAAUAAUCAAAUCACUAUAGUGUAUAUAAUAUCUUUAACCUUAUAAAGUAACCAUUUUCCAUUUGUUA